AUGCCAGCCACUAUUCCAGGAAAGAAUCCCGCCGCAACUGCAACGCCAGGAAUCGCUGGACAAUCUUCAGAUGUUGACUCGUUGAGGCUGGGAAUUGGUAGAGGGGUGGCUGAAAUGGUGGUAAUUGCUGGAGGAGAAGUCGAUGUUGGCUCGGGAGUCGUAAUCGACGUAGAAGACGCGGUCUUUGAAGGAGUUGUAUCAACUUUACAGCUUCCAUUAUCGCACACAUAUCCAUGGGGACAGCAUCCGCUCCCGCAUUGCGAAAGAGGCUCCAGGAGCUUCGUGGUUUUGACCACACUGGAGGGGUCUUUGGACACAUUCUGUCGUUGUAUAUCGCAGGUUAUCGGCCUGAUCGUCGUGCAGUCUCUCCCUUUGGGACAACAAACCAGAGUUGUUGAGUUAUCUAGACUUAGGCAAGUCGAGGAUCUCGGGCAGCAGAAAUUGGACGGAAGCUUUUCGUCAGGACAUCUAGAUAAAUUUGGCUCCGCACAAGAUUCGGUAUCUCGUGGCAAGAUAUCGAAGGCAAGACCUGAUAUAGACGCACAAUGA